AUGGCUGAAGAAUCCGGAAGAAGCUUUGCUCGAAGAGACAAGCUUUUGGAGAUCGAGUCAAAGGUCCAAAAGUUGUGGUCGGAGGGUGAUGUGUUCCAUGCCGAACCUAAGGCCGGAAAACCUAAAGAAGGGGAGAAAUUCUAUGGUAACUUCCCAUUUCCUUAUAUGAACGGAUAUCUGCACUUGGGCCACGCGUUUUCUCUUUCAAAGCUCGAAUUUGCCGCCGCCUACCACAGAUUGAGGGGAGCCAACGUGCUUCUGCCUUUCGCCUUCCACUGUACUGGAAUGCCCAUAAAGGCAUCGGCCGAUAAGCUCAAAAGGGAAAUCGAGAGAUUCGGGAAUCCUCCCGUUUUUCCAGUUGUCAAGGAGGAGGAAAUUGUCGAGCCCGAGGGUGAGGGAGAUGUAAAUCAGGCUCAUCCUGGUGGCAAAUUCAAGGGGAAAAAAUCUAAAGUCGUUGCCAAAUCCGGUGGAAUCAAAUACCAGUGGGAGAUUAUGCAGAGUUACGGAUUAUCUGAUGAGGAGAUUGCGAAGUUCACCAAUCCUUACCAUUGGCUGACCUUUUUCCCGCCUCUGGCUGUGGAGGAUCUGAAAGCUUUCGGGCUGGGCUGCGACUGGAGGCGUACAUUCAUCACCACCGAUAUGAACCCAUAUUUCGACUCUUUCGUCAGGUGGCAGGUUCGAAAAUUGAAAGACAUGGGCAAGAUCGUGAAGGAUUUGAGGUACACUAUUUACUCGCCUCUCGACGGGCAGCCGUGUGCUGACCAUGACCGUGCCUCGGGUGAAGGUGUUAUCCCACAGGAAUAUACCCUCAUAAAAAUGGAGGUAAUCUCGCCUUUCCCGCCAAAAAUGAGUGCUUUGGAAGGGAAAAAGGUGUACCUUGCUGCCGCUACUUUAAGGCCCGAGACGAUGUACGGGCAGACCAACUGUUGGGUUUUGCCAGAUGGAAAAUACGGGGCUUUCGAGAUAAACGACACGGAAGUUUUCAUCUUGACGAGACGCGCGGCUCUGAAUUUGGCCUAUCAGAAGCUCUCGCGCGUGCCCGAGAAACCCACCUGUCUCGUAGAGUUGACCGGCCAAGAUCUCAUCGGUUUGCCUCUGAAAGCCCCGUUGGCGUACAACGACGUUAUUUACACUCUGCCAAUGUUGUCUGUUCUCACGGACAAGGGCACGGGUAUCGUCACUAGCGUCCCGAGCGACUCUCCCGAUGAUUACAUGGCACUUCACGAUUUGAAAGCAAAACCAGCAUUCAGAGCCAAAUACGGAGUAAAAGACGAGUGGAUCCUUCCGUUUGAGAUCAUACCAAUCAUCCACCAUCCCGAUUUCGGGGACAAAUCGGCCGAGAGAGUAUGCAUCGAGAAGAAGAUCAAGAGCCAGAAUGAGCGGGAAAAGCUCGACGAGGCCAAGAAGAUAAUCUACAAGGGAGGCUUUUACGAGGGCACGAUGCUCGUGGGCGAGUUUACCGGGAUGAAAGUUCAGGAAGCCAAGGGUUUGAUCCGGAGCAAGCUCUUGGAGCUCGAGCAAGCUGUGGUCUACAGUGAGCCUGAAAAAAAAGUCAUGUCGAGAUCAGGUGACGAAUGUGUCGUGGCCUUGACAGACCAGUGGUACAUCACUUAUGGAGAACAAGAAUGGAAAAAAGCGGCUGUCGAGUGUUUGGCAGGGAUGAAUCUAUACUCGGACGAGACUCGUCACGGAUUCGAACACACGUUGAGCUGGCUAAACCAGUGGGCUUGUUCUAGAAGCUUUGGGCUGGGGACCCGUAUUCCGUGGGACGAGGAGUUUCUUGUCGAGUCGUUAUCCGAUUCGACUCUCUACAUGGCAUAUUACACUGUAGCUCAUAUGCUUCAGAGAGGGGACAUGUAUGGGGCAAAUCGGUCUUCAGUAAAACCUGAGCAGCUAACAGAUGAGGUCUGGGAUUUCUUAUUUGUAAACGGCCCGUAUCCCCAAUCCUCCGAUUUGCCCGAAACCCUUCUCAAUAAGAUGAAGCAAGAGUUUGAGUAUUGGUACCCGUUUGAUUUGAGGGUAUCUGGAAAGGACCUCAUUCAGAACCAUCUCACGUUCUGUAUAUACAAUCACACGGCUAUUAUGCCCAAGCAUCACUGGCCGAAAGGAUUUAGGUGCAACGGCCACAUAAUGCUGAACUCCGAGAAAAUGUCGAAAUCGACCGGGAAUUUCAGGACCCUCCGUCAGGCAAUCGAGGAGUUCUCUGCUGACGCCACUCGGUUUUCGCUUGCUGACGCUGGUGACGGCAUGGAUGAUGCCAAUUUCGUGUUCGAGACGGCAAAUGCCGCGAUUUUACGCCUCACGAAAGAGAUUUCGUGGAUGGAGGAAGUUAUUUCGGCAGAGUUGUCUCUAAGGAACACGCCUCCCACGACUUACGCUGAUCGUGUGUUUGCUAACGAGAUGAAUAUAGCUGUCAAGUCGACCGAAAAGAAUUUUGGCGAUUAUAUGUUCAGGGAAGCUUUGAAGAGCGGGUUUUACGAUCUCCAGGCGGCGAGGGACGAGUACAGGCUGUCGUGUGGGGCUGGGGGAAUGAACCGAGACUUGCUGUGGAGGUUCAUGGAUGUUCAAACGAGGCUUAUUGCUCCUAUCUGCCCUCAUUACGCAGAAUACGUGUGGAAGGAGAUUUUGAAGAAAAGUGGCUAUGUGGUGAAAGCCGGCUGGCCUGAGGCUGAUUCGCCGGAUUUGACUCUGAAAAAGGCGAAUAAAUAUCUGCAGGAUACUAUUGUGUCAAUGAGGAAGCUUUUGCAGAAGCAGGCCACUGGUUCGAAGAAAGGUGGGAAAACGGGUGCUACUAAUUCUGCACAGAAUAUUAAGCCGACUACUGGAUUGAUAUUCGUGAACGAGCAAUAUGAUGGGUGGAAAAAAGAGUGUUUGAACAUUCUCAAGAGGAAAUUCGACUCUGAGAGUUGUACUUUUGCGCCUGACCAGGAAAUCCUUUCCGAACUGCAAAAGAGUGAUGUCGGGCAGUCGGGCAAUUUCAAGCAGAUACAAAAGCUGUGCAUGCCGUUUUUGAGGUUCAAGAAAGAUGAGGUUAAGGCUGUUGGGGUUCAGGCGCUGGAUCUGAAGCUGCCAUUUGGCGAGAUAGAAGUGCUCGUGGAGAAUGUUGAGCUGAUUAAGCGGCAGUUGGGACUCGAGCAUUUGGAGGUUGUGUCUAAUGCUGAUGGUGAUGCUGUGGAUCGGGCUGGAGAUCAUGCGGCAGUUUUGAAGUCUAAUCCGCCUUCACCAGGGGUGAAAAACUUGUUCUUCCAAAGACAAUCUUCUGUGGUUGCUUUUCAUCUUUCUAUUGCUGUUGCUCUAAAGGCUAGAUUGAUUCUUAAGUUGGUGUUGAGUUUGAUGCCUGUGGACUCAGCUGCAAUUAGGCCAGGCCAUGUAGGGCAGUGGUGGUUGUUGCUUUCUUUUUCGUCUCUCUUCGGAAACAGGGGGAAGAGAUAUGAAAUGGGGAUUAUCUAUGAAGACGCAGUUUUGAUUAAAAAAGCUGCGAGUGAAGGUGAACACACCGUGAUAACUGUGAAUUGUCCAGAUAAAACUGGGCUUGGAUGUGAUUUGUGUAGAGUUAUAUUGCUCUUUGGACUUAGCAUUGCCAGAGGAGAUGUUUCAACUGAUGGUAAAUGGUGUUACUUGGUAUUUUGGGUGAUUGCAAAGCCGUCAACUAAAUGGAGUUUGUUAAGAAUGAGGCUUCUUGAUGUUUGCCCUAAAUGUACUCCUUCGGCUUCCGGAAUAUUCUAUUUUAUUCCGGAGUUUCAACCGACGAGGCCACCCGAGAUUUUCCUGCUCAAGUUUUGGUGUUCUUAUGACCGGAAAGGCUUAUUACAUGAUGUAACCGAGGUUCUUUAUGAGCUUGAACUAACAAUUAAGAGAGUGAAAGUUUAUACAGCUCCCGAUGGAAGAGUAAUGGACCUCUUCUUUAUUACAGAUACAAGAGAACUUCUUCAGACGAGCAAGGGACGAGAUGAAACAAUAAGACAACUAAAAUUCGUACUAGGAGAUGCCAUGAUGACCUGCGAAAUCGAGCCGGCUUCUCAUGAAGUUGCUUCUUUUUUACACUCAUUUUCUUCAUCAUCUGAUAUGGGAAACAAUUUUUUGCAUGUGCCAGUUGACUCAGUAACAGUUGAGUUCGAUAACUCACUCAGCCCAUCUCACACACUUGUUCAAAUUUUCUGCCGAGAUCACAAGGGUCUCAUUUACGAUAUCAUGAGAAUGCUCAAAGAUUAUAAUAUCCAGAUUUCUUACGGCCGCUUCUUUGCGAACGCAAAAGGGAACUGUGAGAUGGACUUAUUCAUAACGGAAGCCCAAGGGAAAAAGACAGUUAACGAUUGUAGGAAAACUGCACUUUGCUCUCGUCUGAAAACCGAGCUUCUCCACCCUCUCAGAGUGGAUGUUGUGAGCAGAGGUCCUGAUACCGAGCUUUUGGUGGCUAACCCAGUCGAGCUUUCUGGCCGUGGCCGGCCGCUCGUUUUCUACGAUAUCACGCUUGCCCUCAAGAUUCUCAACAUUAACAUCUUUUCGAUCGAUCUGCACGCUUCGUGGUGCCCGUCUCAGCGGAAACCGCCGGGGCUCACCUUCCCGACGGCAAUCCGCAGGGUUCGCCGCGCCGGGAUCUCGUCGUCCGGGACUUCGCCCGAGCCUGAGAUCCGUCGGCCGGCGUUGGGAAACCUGCUGUCUUUCUUCCCGAGCGCGGCGCCAGGAUCCGGCGCACCCCGUGGAGUGGACGAGGUGGUGGUGUCGGACAUGGACUUGUUCCUGGAGAUAGUGCCGCUGAGGAUGAGGGCCGAGCUUUGCAGGCACGGUGAGAUUGGGGAGCUCAUUGAGGUGGUUAUGGACUUGGGGAGAAAGCCGAUUGCUCGGUUCCCGUCUGGCGAUUGGGUCGUAUCCCAGCUUCCGGUGAAGCUCGAGGACCUACGCCACGCCAUCUCUAAGGUAGGUGAGUUCUCGGAUGACAAUCGUUCGGGAAUCGAUCACUCUCUGCACCGAAUAAGUGCCAUUAGGAAUCGUAAAAUGCAGAUUAUAGGACUUACUUGCCGAGUGGGACGAGCUGUGUCGGGAAGUGCUGAGAUCAUACGGGACUUAGUCGAAGGUGGAGGCUCCAUUUUGGUCAUUGGGCCACCUGGUGUGGGCAAGACCACUCUAAUAAGAAUAUUGGCCGAUGACCAGAAAAAACGUGUAGUUAUUGUUGACACGUCAAAUGAAAUUGGUGGUGAUGGGGAUGUGCCUCAUUCUGGUAUAGGUCGUGCAAGAAGGAUGCAAGUCCCGAACGUUCACUUGCAGCAUAACGUAAUGAUUGAGGCAGUUGAAAACCACAUGCCUGAGACCAUUAUAAUUGAUGAAAUCGGGACCGAGCUUGAGGCACUUGCUGCAUGUACAAUUUCCCAAAGAGGUGUUCAGCUUGUUGCAACUGCUCAUGGAAUAACUAUAGAGAGCAUCAUUAAAAACCCGUCUUUGCAGACCCUUGUUGGUGGAAUAGAGAAUGUUACUCUGGGUGAUGAGGAAGCACGAAAGAGGAAAGUACAGAAAACUAUUCUCGAGAGGAAAGGGCCCCCAUCAUUCACAUGUGCGGUCGAGAUUAUAUCCAAAACCGAGUGCCGAGUUCAUCAUAGACUUGAUGCAACUGUAGAUGCUAUAUUGGCAGGGAAAUCUCCACUGUUUGAGGUUCGGCGCAUAGAAGCUGGAGCUAAUAAUUCCGUGGAAUCAAAUCGGCCACUUGGGGACUCUCAAUCGUUUAAAGUUCGCAUGGUGGAUUCUGAACAUGACAGAUCACUAGGGUCAAUUCAAUUAACUAAAGAACAACUUGUUGGAUUUUCGGAAGUGGCAAAUAAUAAUCUUAAGCAGACUAAAGGAGAGUUUGACAAGGAAGAAGACGAUUACUAUCAUAGAUCUAAGAAAUUGGGCACUAAUGUAUAUGUAAGCCGAAAGAGCUACCCAUCUUAUGUUUACACUUACAAGAUCCAAGAAGUUGAUUUGCUGCAAGUAGUGUCUGUAAUGGGGCUUGAGGAUAAAAUAGAUGUGACUGAUAACAUCGGUUUAGCAGAUGCCGUUUUAGCAUCGAGUGAUGAAAUGAUACAGAAUCCUUGGAUACGUGGGGUGGCGAAAUUCCAUCACUUGCCUGUAUUCGUUAUAAAGGAAGUUCGACUCGCGAUUGAGUAUAUUGUGAUACCCGGAGGUGAGCCUGUUGAGCUUCUUCCAAGGCCAUCUGAAAUUGUUGCUCGACAGCUUGAACUCGUCAAGAGUUAUCAGUUAGCUGUUGAGAACUCUGGUACUGAAUCAAAUCCCAGGUUGCAAAUCCUUCCUCAGAAAUUAAAUGAGAGAACAACAAUAAAGCCCAACUCAAAUUUUGCCAAAGGUGAAGGCCUUGGGUUUCCUUCUGAGAAGAAGUGCGUCAAAUGGCGGACAAGGAGCAAGAUCACCGUCUCUUUGUGGGAGGUUUAUCGUGGGACAUUACCGAACGGCAGCUCGAUAACACUUUUAGCCGUUUUGGAAAAAUUGUUGAUUGCCAGGUUCAGAUUUCCUUCUACCUCUGUUGCGCUUGAAACUCUAAUCUUUUCUAGAGUCAGUUAUCAACGACACCUUUUGCAGUUUUACUGGGGAUUCUCUAGAAUUGUUUGUAUGUUGAUAGUGGUUGCUGGUUUUCUUGGUGCUGCAUUUUUGUCAGAGAAAGAAAAAGGGGAUUUGCUCUGUUAUGAUUGCCUUGUUAUGAUUGCCUGGUUCCUGAAAAAUUUUCCUUCUACAAUUCCAGUGAAUUGUUGGUCUCACUUGAUAGCCUUUCCUGAUUCUGGAUUUUCACUGUUUAAAUGUCCGAGUUGCUGGUUCCUUCAUCAAGCAACUGCUGGAAGUCUUUUGGGUUUGGCAAAUCAGUAUUUGCAGUUUCACUUAAACUUAGCUGUAAAAAGGCAGAUGGUCUGUGGAAGAACUAGAAGAAUGGAUGACUGCUGUUUCUAA